AUGCAUGGCGAUAAGUUGGCACUAGUCUCCAAUGCGCCUGACAGCAUCAGGGCACUUGUGGUCCAUAAUCCUAUUAAGCCGAAGGCUCGCCAUCCGGGAUCUUCUUCACCGAAAACUACACCUCACACCAAUCUGACAACUCAGCAAGCUCACAAAAUCAUCUCAUCAGACCCAUCCCUCUCUCAAUCUCUCAAUCUCCCACUCAUAGCAUCUUCCCAACUUUCGAACAGGAUGUCAUGGCAAUCCUCCUUCACGAGUUUGUACAGCCAAGACUGUACCGAUAUCUGGGGCAUACCUUCCAUUUACUAUAACCAACCUGUCGAUGGAAACAACGACGCAUACCGUGUCUUGAACUCCAGAACCUUAGGGCUGUCUCUUCCUCGGCGAUUUGAAGUUCCGGAUCGAUGUGCAGAAUGCUUGGACCCUGAACCGCGCCCGUACACCAGGGAGGCGCAACUCGAGGAUCUAAGACAUAUACUUCAUUACACGAUUCCCCAGGGGGGCUUGGAUCCUCGAAAAUAUCAUCAGUCAUACGAAGGCCUCAGGCUCAACUCAAGCUGCCCUCGUCGCACCCACGAGGGAAUCACGCACUUCACGACGAAAGACAAUUUAGAGGAUCUCGCUCGCACGACAAUCUAUUGGAAAUCCAUGUACCGGAGAAGCCACCAAUAUUUUACCCCUGACCCGAGCGGAAAGGAGCUGGACGAACGAAUGGCCCGUACAUCCUAUCUUCCGGGUCGUCCGCAAUGGCUGUGCUCCGGGGCAAGGCGCGAGGAUAAGAUUGAAUCCGAUGUCUCCGGGCAGCGAGGGAGAAAAGGGAAAGAACGGGCAGAGGCUCGGCAGAAUUCCUCUUCCAGCGAUGAAUGGACGGAUGUCUUCCGACGGACGCAAAAGCAUCCGGGCCGUCCGCCUUGGUUAUGCUCCGAGAUAAAGCGCGAGGACAAGACAGAAUCCGACGCGUCCAAGCAGUGA